CGUUACCGUUUUUUCUAAUUCUCAGGAAUAUAACUCCCAUUAGAAUUCAUGUGAUCAUGCUCUAACCCUUACACAACAUCAAAGUAAAACAAUUAAGUUUUCCAGAUAUUGACGAAUGCUCGCUUGGGACAGCCAAAUGUCACGUGAAUGCCACGUGUAUCAACACCCUUGGUUCUCAUGAAUGCAGAUGUAUGCGUGGAUAUUCUGGAAAUGGAAAAGUGUGUUCAGAUAUAGACGAGUGCUCUCUUGGGAAAUACAAUUGCAGCGUGAAUGCUACGUGUGUCAACACUGUUAGCUCGUAUGAAUGUCGAUGUAAGCGUGAAUAUUUUGGAAAUGGAAAAAUGUGUUCAGCAAUAAAAAUGUUCCACGCUAACUUUACAAGUCUUGGAGAAACUGGUCGUCUUGGUCCUUCAUCCCUGGGCUCCUACUAUGUGGGGAAAGAUAAUGACAACAUGGUGACUCUCAAGAAUGGGAUACAGUUCUGGACAGUUCCCUACACUGGAAAAUACGAAAUCACUGCAGUUGGUGCAGCUGGAGGAUAUGAUAAAUACGGCUCAACUGCUCGAGGUCGUGGGGCUUAUAUGAGAGGUGAAUUUACAUUUCAGAAAGGAGAUGUAAUUAAAAUAUUGGUUGGACAGACAGCUCCAGUGAAUUCUGUGAGUGCGUCCUCAGGGGGAGGUGGCGGGUCAUUUGUAGCGACGUCGUCAAACACACCACUUAUUGUUGCUGGGGGUGGGGGUGGCGUUGAACAUCUCAGGAACAGAAUGGCAAACUGUGAUGCAAAUACAAGAACAUCUGGAAAAAGAAAUCAAUGUGAACACUCGUGUGCCAUUUGGUCUGGGGGGAAGAAUGGGAGUGGCGCAUUAGAAGCAGACAAUGAUUACUCAGGUGGUGGUGGUGGUGGAUUUUACAGAAAUGGACGCAGCAGUUCUCAAUUUGGUGGUUCCUACGGUUACGGCGGGGAAGGAGGGAGAGGCUUUAUUCAGGGGGGUGCAGGAGGACGUGCUCGCACUAAUAAUGCUGUCGGUGGAUUUGGAGGAGGAGGAGGAGCAAAUGGACACGGAGGGGGUGCAGGAGGAGGUGGGGGAUAUUCUGGUGGAGCAUCAGGAAAUAAUGAUUAUUAUUCUUGUGGUGGAGGAGGUGGUUCUUACAACUCAGGAAAGAAGAAAGCAAACGUAGAAGGCGUGAAUGAAAACGGAGAUGGUUAUGUCGAAAUAAAACGUGUCGUCUAAAACAGUAUCGGUUUUUAUUUUGCUAUGUUUAGUGAUCUUUAUCGCGCUUUGGUUGUUG